AAGGCUGUAUAACAAAUGCAACAACACAUCUUUAAUUAUGUACUCAAUCAUUUUCAAUAUUUUACUGAACACCAAUUGUCCUUGUGGGAUUUGAAUCAAGAACAUUAGCCUGUGGGCACUGGAUUAUCAGUCCAGUGACAUUACCACUACACAACUAUCUUUUCACAGAAGCGUGGUUUAAGGAUUCUGCAAUAUUCCAUGUGGAAGCACGUUUGGCCAUCUAAAUUGAAUGGUCUCUGUGCUGUUGAACACAGCGCAAUAGAGGAUAUUUUGUUGUUAGUGAAUUUCUUUAACUGUUGAAUUUUCAUGGGCGUCCUCAGGUGAAUUUGACGCAUUUUCCAUAGUAGAAUUACGAUUCUAGGCCAUGCAACAGGGAGGAAGGGAUAAUAGCGUGCUAGCAUUUAAGUUUAGUCUUCAGUUUACGUGUUUCCAGAUAUUAACGUAAUAUAUUUUAAGUUAUAAACGUGCUAGCCGUAAAGUUAAAAAGCAUUCCAAUGUUAAUCAGAAACAUAGUUUGACAUUUAUUUUUCUGGUGAAGUAUUCAUCCUACGUGUUGCUCAUUUUUCUCUCAUAAAUGCAUGCACCCGCAUUUCCAAAUUUGUUGUUCACACAUGUUUUCAAGGUGACUUUUUCCCCCCUCGCUCAAGAAGAGCCGAACAAAUAUCUGCUGAACUCAUGUUCAAAGCUGGACCAGGAGAUAGCGCUGCAACUGCACGGAAGGGACAGGAAUGAAGGUUAUCGAAAACUGGAAAUGCCAUCCUCCUACCGCUGGGUGGCGGUCAAACAACCAGUUUCGGGGGGCGAGAGGCGUGUUCAGACGGAAACAGUGAAGGCGGUCCUCCCACCGCCAGGGCGGCGUGGCAGCGUAUCCCCGCUCUCCUUCCCUCCCCCCGGACAGACGGAGCGGAGGCGGAGCGUUGCUACCUCGGAGUGAUGGCGGCGGUGGGGAUGUCAGAGCCUGAGAAAGAGGGAGAGGCGUCCGCGACGUGUUCUAAGGCAGAGCCGGCCGAGUCCCGAAAACUGUCCGACAUCUUCGAGAGCGGUUGGAAACUGCACGAGGAGGCCGAGAGCAGCAACGAGCCGUCCAACUCGGACACCUACCAACGCAAAGUGCGGCGAGGGGUGGAGCUGUUGGAGCAGGCCACCCGAAUGGUCAACCAACUGGAUCUUUUCAGUCGAAAUGAAGAGCUGGAAGAAAUAGCCACUGCAGAUGUUAAAUAUCUGUUAUUGCCUGUGCUCCUGGGAGCCCUUACAAUGAAAUUAGGAAAUUCUGCUAAGCGACUGGAACAUGUACAGAAAGCCCAGGUCUAUUACAUGGACUUCUUAAAGCGUUGCAAAGAUUACAAUAUUAUGAAAUUUGAAAUCCCUCAAAAAGUAGAAAACAACGAAGAACAUAAUGAGUCAAAUGUUCCCAGUAGUCCUGGUGUCUGCAGUCAAUCCAGUUUACUCUCCAUGGCAAGUAAAAGACAGGCUAAAAUUGAAAGGUAUAAUAUGAAGAAGGAAACUGAAGCUCAAUUGAAAGAGAUUAAAUCUGUUAUCUGCAGUGGAAAGGCAGAUGAUGAGCAAACGAGAAAAUUCUAUCUACUCAAUUUGCAGCAUUGGAUAAGCACAAGUCUAGAAGAGAUUGAGAGUAUAGAGCAAGAAAUUCAAAUUUUGAAAAGAAUGGAAGGAACGAAACGGCCUCAGGCCACUCGACCACAAAGACCUCCCAUGAAACCGUUUAUCCUUACUCAAGAUGCAGUCCAAGCCAAGGUGUUUGGUGCUGGUUACCCAAGUCUUCCUACUAUGACUGUUGAUGAUUGGUAUGAACAACAUAAGAAGCAGGGUGCUCUGCCUGAUCAGGGUAUUUCAAGAAGCUGUCCAGGUGAAGAGGGCAAUCAAGAUCAAGAGACAGAGAAUGAUAAUGAGAGUGAUGAUGAACAAACCUUGAAAAUCGCACGUGACAAGGAUGACUGGAAGGACACGCAUAGGCGUGGAUAUGGCAACAGGCAGAACAUGGGCUAGCCUUUCUACUCAGAUAACACUGCUUUCUUUGGUGCCUGUGAAAUUGCACUGAGAGUCGGAUCCUGCACCAAUGCUCAAAUGGAUUUGGCAACCAUGCAGAGUAUAUUCCUCUGUCUCUUGUCUGAGAAUGUCACUGGUUUCUGAGUUGUCAGCAAUUAUGUUGUUGCUGCUUUAAAAAAAAUUCGGUGACAGUAUUGUGAUGCUUAACUGUUAACAGUCAGGCACUUGUUGCUUUAUGCCAUUUAAAACUUGCAUUUUCUCAGUGUAUGGAAAGAUAAAUGGAGGAAUGGCUUUGGGUGUGAGAAAUGUGUAUAUUGCACAGAUGUGCAAUUGCCACUUAUUGAGAUGUUUACAUAAGUAAUUGCCUUAGUGGAGUUCUUCUGAGUUGCAAUUAUAUAAAUACAGUACAAUUGCUAAAUGUAAUAUUAACAACAUUGAAUACAUUUUAAUCUAUAGCUCCUAACUGUUUUCAUUCUCCAAAUUAGGAGUUCAGAUCUCUUUGGCAACUUUCCUGGUGUUUAAAAAAAACUAGAUGCACCAGAUGAAUUCUCAAGCUAUAAUUAAUCCCUGAUUUGAUUAGUUUUUUUGUCACCUGAAUUCAUGUAACCUGUAUGUAUUCAAUUUAGCAUUUGUAGAAAAUGUUUUACUGCCCUUUCAGAGUCCUUGGAAUUGACUUAAUUUUUAAAAAUCCUAUGUUGAAAACCAAAUAUUGCAAAAUAAAAGAAAAUUCACUCUCUUCA